CUCACACGGAGCAGGGGGUUUUGCUGAGCUACAGCUCACCUGAUUCAUUCGGUGCCUGCACUGUGCGCAGGGCAGUGCGAGGACUGCAGGAACGGUAAGAGCGGGAGUCCGCCGCUGCUCUGCCGUCUGUUAACACAGCCGACGACCUCGGGUCAAGCCAGUGCUAUCUAAGGAAAGCCUCCAACACCGUCCGCGUAAGGACCUCAACGAGAGACACGCACGGCAGACACCCACGCCUGGGUUGCCUCCCCCACAGCUCCGAGGCAGCCCCACCCGCCGCCCCGGGGCGAAGCAGACCGGCGGCGGCAUCCGAGCCGCCCCUUCCCGCCCCAACCGGCCGCCCCGGCGGUCCCCAGCCCUCGUGCGGAGGGGGUGGCGGCAGCUCUGUGACUCAUGCCUGCGUCGAAGCAGAUCAACCAGCGAUUCACUCUUUUAAAAAAGCAAAUCCGAGCACUUCUGGAAAAAAAGGUCAUCUCGCAUUAAAUUCCGCGGCGCAAUUGGUAUUCCGACGUCGUUUCUGGCGGAGUUUAUAAGCGGCGGGUCGCUCCUAGACUGGAGUCGCCCUGCCUGCCUGGACUCCGGCAGCAAGAGUGUCCGCUCGCCCCUCCGCAAAUUCCUUGCUGCCCACCCCUCAGAGGAAAGCCGGGCUCCGGGGAGUGGGGCCCUUCUGAAGAGAUGGCUUCCUCUGCUCCCUCGUCCUCCAACGACGCUCCGGAUCCCACCCCAACUAAUUUACGACCCACAACUUACGACUCGUGGUGCGGCGUGGCUCACGGGUGCACCAGGAAAAUCGGGCUGAAGAUAUGCGGGUUCCUGCAAAGGACCAACAGCCUGGAAGACAAGGGCCGGAUCGUCAGCUCCCUGAAGGAAAGGCAGUCUUCUAAGAGCCUGCUGGCGUGCGAGAACAGCGAGAAGGAAUCCAGGUUUCGGCGGACCGAGACCGACUUCUCUAAUUUGUAUGCCAGAGAUUUGCUGCCCGCAAAGAAUGGCGAGGAACAGACCAUGCAGUUCCUGCUUGAAGUCGUGGACAUUCUUCUCAAUUACGUGAGGAAAACGUUUGACAGAUCCACCAAAGUGCUGGACUUCCAUCACCCGCAUCAGCUCCUGGAGGGCAUGGAGGGCUUCAACCUGGAGCUCUCGGACAACCCCGAGUCCCUGGAGCAGAUACUGGUGGACUGUCGUGACACGCUGAAAUACGGCGUGAGGACAGGUCAUCCUCGCUUUUUCAAUCAGCUGUCCACAGGGCUGGACAUUAUCGGCUUGGCUGGAGAGUGGUUGACAUCAACUGCUAACACAAACAUGUUUACCUAUGAAAUUGCUCCUGUUUUUGUCCUCAUGGAACAAAUAACACUUAGAAAGAUGAGAGAAAUUAUUGGAUGGUCAAAUAAAGAUGGUGAUGGGAUAUUCUCACCUGGAGGAGCUAUCUCCAACAUGUACAGCAUAAUGGCUGCACGGUACAAGUAUUUCCCUGAAGUCAAAACCAAAGGCAUGGCUGCAGUCCCUAAACUGGUUCUCUUUACCUCAGAACAUAGCCACUACUCGAUAAAGAAAGCUGGAGCUGCACUUGGGUUUGGAACAGACAACGUGAUUUUGAUAAAAUGCAAUGAAAGAGGCAAAAUAAUACCAGCUGAUUUGGAGGCAAAAAUUCUGGAAGCAAAACAGAAGGGAUACAUUCCUCUCUUUGUAAAUGCAACUGCAGGCACAACAGUAUAUGGAGCUUUUGAUCCAAUACAGGAGAUUGCAGACAUAUGUGAAAAAUAUAACCUCUGGCUCCACGUAGAUGCUGCCUGGGGAGGUGGGCUCCUAAUGUCUCGAAAGCACCGUCAUAAAUUGAGUGGAAUAGAGAGAGCAAAUUCAGUCACUUGGAAUCCACACAAGAUGAUGGGAGUGUUGUUGCAAUGUUCUGCCAUUCUUGUCCGGGAGAAGGGUAUACUUCAAGGCUGCAAUCAGAUGUGUGCAGGCUAUCUCUUCCAGCCAGACAAACAGUAUGAUGUAUCCUAUGACACUGGAGAUAAGGCAAUACAGUGUGGUCGACACGUGGACAUUUUCAAGUUCUGGUUGAUGUGGAAAGCAAAGGGUACAGUAGGAUUUGAAAACCAGAUCAACAAAUGCCUGGAGCUGGCAGAAUAUCUCUACACCAAAAUAAAAAACAGAGAAGAAUUUGAGAUGGUUUUUGAAGGGGAGCCAGAGCAUACAAAUGUAUGUUUUUGGUAUAUUCCACCAAGCCUCAGGGGAAUGCCAGACUCUGAUGAGAGAAGAGAAAAGUUACACAGGGUGGCACCGAAAAUCAAAGCUCUGAUGAUGGAGUCAGGUACUACUAUGGUUGGAUAUCAGCCUCAGGGUGAUAAAGUCAACUUCUUCCGAAUGGUCAUCUCAAAUCCAGCAGCAACUAAGUCUGACAUUGACUUCCUCAUUGAGGAAAUAGAGAGAUUGGGGCAGGAGCUGUAGUACAGUGGUCGAAUGAUUUAUUUCUCUAAUUCACUGGUUUCCAGCACUGGUUAUUGUUUGUUGUUUUUUUAACCCAGUUCUGCAGAACAUGUCUUAAGGAAAUUCUCUUUCUGUAACAUCCUUAACAAAACAACUAUAGGCUACUGAAACACAUGUAUUGGUAGAUCAUAUUACUGAGGGAAAAUGUAUUAUCUUGAAGUUGAAGUGCUAUUGACUCUUACAUUGGUUUUGUUUAUUGUAGUCAGCAGGAAAAUAAAGAGUACUAAAGUAGCAAAUUAAUAACUGCACAGUAUAUAUGUACAGUAUAAAUAAAUAUAUAUAAUUAUAUAUAUAUAUACAUACAUAUAUAUAUACAGAGAGUGGUUAUAAACUUAGAUCUCAGCCACAGCAUGUUUUCCACUUUAAGAGAAUAAACUUUUCCUUCAACUAAUGAUGUGGAUAAUGUGCUACAGAUUUUUUUUCUGCCAGGUAAAAAUAGACAUAGAGAAACCUUUCUGAAAAAAAAAAAAAAAAAGUAGAUUCUUAGGAGCUAAAGAAAAUGUGUAACAGUAUUAAAUCUUAUUGUUGGUGCUUCUCUAACAGCAAUCUCUAACAGCACCUUCAAGUAAAAUAGUUGCAUUUCCCCUUUAGUGUCACACCGGGGGGAUAAUAGUAGCAGAGUUGUCGUAACAGGUAUAUUAUUGCUGUAUUUUUAGAGGUUAAUUUGUGUAGAUUGUGUACAUUAUUGUUAAAUGACUUUGUGUAAAAGGAUUUAAAUGUAAUAGUUUUACAGCAGGAUAACUGUUGAAUUGUAGGUAUAUGAAAUAUUUGCUUAUUUAUACGCAGAGAUUUACCAUGCUGAAGAGUUGUCUUGUAUUUUCUUCCAUUUGUAAUGUAUCCUAUUUAUAUAUUAUUGAAGUUCUAAAUAAUGUUUAUGGUAUUUUAGUGUCUUUGUGAGCCAAAGAAAAAGAAAAAAAAAAAACCAACAAAAAAUAUUAGUUGACACUUUCAUUAAAUCCUAGUGCCCUUAAAAUAAUAACCUACAGAUGAUUUUACUGAAUAUAAGGAAUUCAUGGUGUAUAGACUGUCAAAUUAUGAGGUCCCUUUAAUCUAUUAGAAUCUAAAGGUUUAUUUAUUGUAAUGUCAGACUGUCUGUUCAGUGUUCUGGAUGCUUUCCUAGUGAAUAUCAUUUGCUAACCAAGGCCCCUGUUUUUUGAGUUGUAUCUCACAACAAAGGUCUAUGACCAUUUUAACCAAAUUCUGUGGGAGGUUUAAUCAGCAAAAUUCUUUUAGUGAAAUAGAAUUCACUGAGUGUUUGCAAGUCUCUAAAGCUAAUAAAACCAAAAGUGACUUCAGAAUCUUGAAACACUGCUGGUUUGUCAUAACAGUUUCAACUGGCAAGACUUUUCAAAGUAUAAACACCAGAGUUGUCUGCACUUUGUUCAGUUUCAAUCAUUAGAUAAUCAAUAGCACCAAGUGGAAAACUCCAUGCUGGAAGAGGAGUAGUGGAACAAAGUGAAAAUUCAAUAACCCUCUGCCUACUGUGUUACUGUCGUGGUGAUAAAUGGAAUAUGCUAAAUUAAAAUAUCUUAAUGUGUGAUUCUAUUGCUGUCUUCUAUGGAAGUCAGUAAGUAAUUGCUUUUUCUUUUUCUUUUUUUUUCUCCAAAAUCAGUAAUAAAAUUAAAUUCUGUUAGAAACAUUCAGGGAAAUGCAGUCAUGCUAUGCAGUUCUUGCAGCCUCUUUGGCCCCCUUCAGUUCUGUGGAAGGACAGCUACAGCCAGGAGUGGUUUCCAUCCUGCAGGUCCCACUGGCAAUCUUCUAAGGAUGAUGUCUUACAUCUUUGGCUGCAGGGAGAAGGAAGGAGCUGCCAUGGUAAAUGCCAUAUCAUAUAACACAAUCUUUCCAGUUUGUCAGAGAAUUAUUCCUUAUCACUCUCCCAUAGCCUUCCAUAAAAGUUUUUCUUGGAAUUAUUUGGGUUGAAUCUAAAACUUACUACAGAUAUUUCACUGUCUUUUAGAUUUAUGAAUAUGCCUUUUAAAAUACUACCUACAUCACUACUUUUAUGUGAUUAAUACCCCACCCCCAGUAAUCUCACUGGUACAGUGUUUCUUUGAUGAUGUUAUUUUCCUCAAGACAGUUUCUUGCUUUCUUCAUCUUAAACCUCACUCUUCCUCAAUUACAACCCUGAUAUUUUACAACGUCUUCAAUGCUUAACAUUUAUUGAUGUCAACAUCCAUGCUGUAUGACCUGAGGCCUGCAAUACACAAGCAGUCAGUGUGAAUAUUGACUUCAUUACCAAAUUCCAUAAUAUUAAAUGCUACCCUUUAUAGAUAUCAGGUGUUGAUCAAAAUGAAAAGGCCUCUCAUUGGGAGCUGUUUCUUGGAGUACAAAAGUAAGCUUAUUUUGAAGAGGGAGUGCACAUGAUAAUUCAAUGUACAGACUUCAGCCUGAAAUUUGGUCAUUAUCACAGUUUUACUUUAUUCAAAGGGCAGCUACAGAAGGCUGAAAGAUUUCCCUAAGUUCUUCCUGUUUAUGAGGAAUGAUAUAAACUGGUGUCAUCAAUGCAAACACAAAUAACUGCAGACCUAGCUUCACUAGGGGAUUUAUGUCUUCCAGCAGCACCAUAGCGCUUGCGAUUUCUUCAACCAGUUCUUAGGCAGGAGUUUCUGACUUAGUCCAUCUCCCUAGUCAAGAUAUUUCAGCAAUAGUAUUUGUAAAGAGCUCAACUUAUCCUUGAUCUCUAACCUUGAUAUUUCAACCUCACAGAUCUUAAAGCUGAGGUAAAGAGAGUCAUCCUCAUGUAACUGAUCACAAAACUUAGGAAAGCCUGUAAUUUAGUUUAGUGUAGUCCAUACAGUAAAACUUGGACAGUCCUGUGAUGGGGUCAGAAAUGGAUCUAAAUAUCUUCAAGACACAUGUAAUGUUUUGCUCACUAAUAUUUCUGCUUCUUCAGUUAAUAGAGUGUCUUGUGUUUUGGAGGUCAAAAGCAUCAGAGGUUCUAUACAGUGCCAUUGAUGGUUUGCAGCUAGGUGGAAAUGAUGGAGCUCCUUCUGCCUGUUUUGGAAGCGAGACAAUUAACACAGAGGUGUUUUCUCCAAAGACAAGGAGUUUAAGUUUAUCUUCCUGCUGGCUUCAUUUUAUCUAUCAUUCUGCAGUGCUGUGCCUUGACACAGCUGAUGCCUGCAACUCAAAUUUUUGGUAAAGCUUUCAAUUCUAAUAUCAGACUCCCUGUUUGUAAGUACCUGCUUUCAUAGGCACAGGACUCAAAUUUCUGACUUGGUAGCUGAUUUUAACAGAACAGUUAUGGUCAUCAGUAAGAAAACUCAUCUGUGUUUUCUCCUCAGUAGGCAAUUUUCAUCUGAGUAAUAUGUUACAGCUUCUCAGACAAAAGCUCACUUGGGAUUUUCCUGCUUUUUAAUAUAUACACUAUUGACUGUGAGAGAUCAGGAAGUGUGGAUAUACAAAGAUGUUGACUAAUUCAAAGCAUUGCAAUUCCAGGUGAGUUACUUUUUUGUUUUUCUGAGGUUUAAAACAUACUCUAAAGUGGCAACUUUGCCUUUAAAAAUCACACAGACAGUGACUGUAAUUUCGUAGGGGGUGAAUUCAGGUCAAUAAACAGUUCAAAUAAACAACAGGCAAGAUCUUAGCUGAACAUGGAGCUGCAGUGCUUCUUCACUGAUGUAACUGAUUUGGAAAAGGCUGACCACAGAACAAAAAUCAACAGCAGCUGUUGAUUUUGAAUGAAAAAAAACCUGAGUGUAUUGUUAGAUAGAUAUAUAUAUAUAGAGAGAGAGAUCUUGAUUAUACCAUUCGGGACAGACAGAUGGAACCGGGGCCUUGGGAAUAAUACAGAAUACUAAAAUCAUAAUUGACAUAACAAUCUGGUUUUUUUGAAUGGUAACAAAUGUGGAGGGAUUUUCUAAGCUGAAUCUCUGUUUUGUGGUUUGAGAAAUGUUGAAGUUAUAAAGGAGACAAGCGAUGCAGUUGUAAUUUUCCAAUAAAAGUCAAUCUUAAGACUGUC